AGCAGUAACAUAUAGAUUGAGAACAAUAAUGGACCCAACACAGAGCCCUGUGGCACACCAUAUCGAACCGUAGAUGUAAAUGCAUGAACACUGAGCGAAUGGAAUGGUGGGACAAUGUGUGGGUGAACAUUGGAUGGACAGCUGAGUUGCUGAUGAGUGUAUGAACAGAGAAUGUAGGUGGCUUAACAGUGACUGAUAAAUGAAUGCACAGCGGUUGAACGGUGGGUGAUCACUAGGUGAAUAGUGGAUGAAAAAUGGGUUAUCAGUGGAUGAUGAUGAUGAUGAUGAUGAUGAUGAUGAAUGACUCUGCGGUGCCCCGUGUGGGAUUUCACGUGUUCACUGAAAAGGACCCCAGCGUAGGACUGCCUCUUUCGAGAACAAACAGAAACCCGGCGGACACCGAGAGCAUCACAGCGACUGCGUUAAUCGUGGACUCCGCGGCGCGGCUCCGCAGGACAGCAAUCGCGCUCCCCUACAUUCGACAUUGCGAUGCAGUAUUUCAUUCGCCUCAUUUUGUGAAGUAGUUAACGGCGCGGCUACAGCUCGUUUUAGAGAAAUAAAACCGGGGCGGGGCGUUUCAAAAUGGACGAUAAAGCCUUCGCGAAGGAGCUGGACCGAUGGGUCGAGCAGCUCAACGACUGCAAGCAACUGACGGAGAACCAAGUGCGAAGUCUGUGCGAGAAGGCCAAGGAGAUCCUGACCAAGGAAUCAAAUGUGCAGGAGGUACGAUGUCCUGUCACUGUUUGUGGAGAUGUCCACGGUCAGUUCCAUGACCUCAUGGAGCUCUUCAACAUCGGGGGCAAAUCACCCGACACCAACUACUUGUUCAUGGGAGAUUACGUGGACAGGGGUUACUACUCGGUAGAGACGGUCACACUUCUUGUAGCGUUAAAGGUACGUUAUCCAGAACGUGUAACAAUUCUGAGAGGGAACCAUGAGAGCAGGCAGAUUACACAAGUAUAUGGCUUCUAUGACGAGUGCCUGAGGAAGUACAGCAACGCCAAUGUGUGGAAGUACUUCACAGACCUCUUUGACUACCUUCCUCUGACUGCACUGGUGGAUGGGCAGAUUUUCUGCCUGCAUGGUGGCCUCUCUCCCUCGAUAGACACACUUGACCACAUUCGGGCUCUGGAUCGCUUGCAGGAGGUCCCUCAUGAGGGUCCGAUGUGUGACCUAUUGUGGUCAGACCCAGAUGACCGUGGAGGCUGGGGGAUAUCUCCUAGGGGGGCCGGAUACACAUUUGGACAGGACAUCUCUGAGACAUUUAACCACGCCAAUGGGCUCACGCUUGUAUCCCGUGCUCAUCAGCUUGUAAUGGAGGGUUACAACUGGUGUCAUGACAGGAACGUUGUCACCAUUUUCAGUGCUCCAAACUACUGCUAUCGUUGUGGCAAUCAGGCUGCCAUCAUGGAACUUGAUGAUACCCUUAAAUACUCAUUCCUACAGUUCGAUCCUGCACCUCGGCGCGGAGAGCCUCACGUUACCCGCCGCACCCCAGACUACUUCCUCUAAAAGACUGUAGAGGCUCCUGAUGGCAGACUGCGUCAGGACUUUGUAAUUCUCCCAGCAACAGCGUAAAAAAAAAAAAACAGAUUAUAGAUUUUAGUAUCACAUGUUUAAAAAUGCAUAAAAGUUAAUCAAGUUCAUGAGAUCUGUGACACUAUGAAAACAUUAACAUGGACCAAAGCGUGCCAUUCAAGUGCUUAGAACACAGCAGCCAACAUCCCAGUUUUGUCUCCUCUAGGAUACAGCUGAAACAGUGAAAGCUUGCCUGCUGUAAAACUGUUUGCUAUAUUGUUUUGUUUCUGCAUUCUAUUGUACUUUUUUAUACUUCACUGGAGAAUUUAUGCUUUGGUGUAUAGCUGUACAGGGCAUGUGAAAUAAGAUUAAUGUGUAAAUGAACAAUACAUACAGGGAUGCUGGAAAGUAUGUGAACCCUGUAGGGAUGGUCAUUAUGCUUGUAUAAAAUAUUACACUAAACUUAUAAAACAAAUAAUUGAUUACGAUUAGCACACCUAAUUGCACCUCUUACUUGGUUUAACCAUGCAGCUUGGGGUUCACUUAUUUUUGCACCUGCACUACUUCCAUUUUUUUUUUUUUUUGCUACAUGCAUGAUCUCCUCUAAAACAACAUGGCAUUGGUCGUUACACGCCUAUUAUGUUAGAUAGACUGCUUCGGAUUAAAUAACAAUUUUGUGGUAAAACAAAGGGACGCAAGGGGUUCACAUACUUUCAAGUUGCACUGUAAGCUUAUGCUCAGCUCUCUAUACUGUGCCCCAUAACAGUUUACUCUCAAGCUGUAAUGUGUUUACUGUAUGUUUUUUCCAGUAUAUUUGUUAUGCGGUGAUUGCAUCAUGAUGUAUUACAGUUAAUAAAGCACUUUUUCCUUGGCUGUACAGGGAAUACUUCAUGGGUUCUACAAGGUGACAAAAUCAAGACUAUGGCUGUGAGAUGGCUAAUAAAAUUAGCUGUCAACUUUUCAAAGACUAAUUUAAAUUAAAGGACAAACAAUUGAAAA